UAAGUCCACAACUUAGCUGACACACAGAUGUCUGCGUUUACCCUGGCUAUUUUUGUAGCAGCUACACAGAAACGCUGUAAUAUUGUUGUCACAAGAGCAGAAGAACUUUUUAAAGUAGUAGUUUUCGACCUUAGAGAAGCGCUGCAAUAAGCAGCAAAAGCUGCAGAGCUGGAAGAACAGCUGCUUGGAAAUACAGUUGCUCAGUCAUUGACUUAAAAACAUCUUGCACUAUUACAGUUGGGGGAAUUUUCUCUUUUUUGGGUGUUAGGAAGUUAUUUUUCCCCCAGGCUGCAAGUUUAAGGAAGCUGAGCUUAAAGUGGCUUCUUCUUUUGUUCAGCUUUGUUUUUAUUUUGAGUUACACUGAGACUAUCUUACAAUGUCAGCUGUGAUAAUUGAACUGGAUAAGCUUUCCUCAGAUGAGAUUGAGAGCAAAAAGGAUUCCAAGUCAGAAUUUAAGGAAGGCAGAUUUAGUGAAUCAUGUGCCGAAUAUCAUGGUUUGCAACUUCACUGCUCGCGUUCUGCACCAGCUGGUAUGAAUACAAGCAAGAGUGAGACGGUGAAAGAGCAUCCAUUAAAACCCUCUCGAAGAUCCAUGCCAUGCCUAGCCCAGAGCCAAACACAUCCUCAGAGCCUGAGCAAGCAUUCGUCGUUCCUGCAGCCAAACUGUGUGCAGCCACAGCCCCGGCCUCAGCCUCUCAGUGCAGGGACAUCUACAGCUACCGUGGAUGUAGUGUCGGAACGAGCUAAAGUGAUGGAGACUUUGGAAAACAACUUGCUUAAGCUAUCUAAUACAGAAUACAGCGAUCCAUUUUUAGACACAGGAAAGGACAAAGACACAUACACAGAUGAUUCAGAACAUGGAAAUUAUGAUGCUCGUACAGAUCAAUCAUUGCUUAUUCAAAACAAGCUUACCAGACAGAAAACAGAACCUCGGACAAAAUCAUCUUUAAAGGCUGAUGCCAUGGCAUCAUCAGGACUCUUCUUCAAAGAUGGCAAAAAGCGCAUCGAUUACAUCUUGGUCUACAAAAAAUCAAGUCCACAGGUAGAAAAAAGAAGCACGUUUGAGAAAAAUUUGAGAGCAGAAGGGUUGAUGUUAGAACGAGAGCCGGCUGUUACAAACAGCGAUAUCAUGUUUGUUAAAAUUCACUGUCCAUGGGAGACGUUGUGCAAAUACGCAGAAAGAAUGAACAUCAGGAUGCCUUUCAGGAAAAAAUGUUAUUACACUGACUGGAGGAGCAAAACCAUGGGCAGUUUGCAAAGGAAUAUGAGAGAGCUGAAAAGCUGGUUGCCCAGAAAUCCAAUGAAGCUUGAUAAGGAGGCCCUACCUGAUCUGGAGGAAACAGAUUGCUACACAGCACCCUUUAGCCGUGCACGCAUACACCAUUUUACGAUAAACAACAAAGACAGCUUCUUCAGCAAUUCCACAAGAAGUAGAAUUGUGCAUCACAUGCUACAGAGAACAAAGUACGAAGAUGGGAAGUCCAAAAUGGGUAUUAAUAGAUUAUUAAAUAAUGGAACAUAUGAAGCAGCAUUUCCACCACAUGAGGGAAGCCACAAAAGCAGACAUCCCAUCAAAACACACGGAGCUCAGAACCACAGACACCUCUUAUAUGAGCGCUGGGCACGGUGGGGAAUGUGGUACAAAUACCAACCUCUCGAUUUAAUCAGGCGAUAUUUUGGUGAAAAAAUUGGACUAUAUUUUGCCUGGUUGGGGUGGUAUACUGGAAUGCUUAUUCCUGCUGCCCUGGUUGGACUCUUUGUUUUCCUUUAUGGAUUAUUUACGAUGGAUUCCAGCCAAGUAAGCAAAGAGAUCUGCGAGGCAAAUGAAACCAUCAUGUGCCCUAUGUGUGAACGCAACUGCACGCUACAAAAGCUUAAUGAAAGCUGCAUAUAUGCCAAGGUCACACAUUUGUUUGAUAAUGGAGGGACUGUUUUCUUUGCUAUUUUCAUGGCAAUUUGGGCUACAGUCUUUCUAGAGUUUUGGAAGAGGCGUAGAGCUGUGUUAACCUAUGACUGGGACCUCAUAGACUGGGAAGAUGAAGAGGAAGAGCUGCGCCCGCAGUUUGAAGCUAAAUAUUCCCAAGUGGAAAGAGUAAAUCCCAUCACAGGAAAACCUGAACCUUUUCAGCCUUUCCCUGAUAAGCUCAGUCGACUGAUGGUGUCUGUCUCAGGAAUAUUCUUCAUGAUUUCACUGGUCCUUACUGCAGUGUUUGCAGUUGUGGUGUAUCGUCUGGUAGCCAUGGAACAGUUUGCUUCUUUCAAGUGGUAUUUCAUCAAGAAGUAUUGGCAGUUUGCAACAUCUGGCACUGGAGUCUGUAUCAAUUUUAUGAUCAUCAUGUCACUCAAUGUUGUAUAUGAAAAGGUUGCCUAUCUCCUGACAGACUUAGAGCACCCUAGAACAGAAUCUGAAUGGGAAAACAGCUUUGCCUUGAAAAUGUUCCUCUUCCAGUUUGUCAACUUGAACAGCUCCAUCUUUUACAUCGCCUUUUUUCUUGGCAGAUUUGCAGGCCGCCCAGGAAAGUACAACAAGCUUUUUAACAGAUGGAGACUGGAAGAGUGUCAUCCUAGUGGCUGCUUGAUAGAUCUGUGCUUGCAAAUGGGAGUUAUUAUGGUUUUAAAACAAAUGUGGAACAACUUCAUGGAGCUAGGCUAUCCUUUAUUACAGAAUUGGUGGUCACGACGCAAAAUGAAGAGAGGAGGGCAAUUAAUGGAGCAUAAAGUUUCUCUGCCUCAAUGGGAAAAAGACUGGAAUCUGCAGCCUAUGAAUCUUCAUGGUUUAAUGGACGAAUAUUUAGAGAUGGUUUUACAGUUUGGCUUUACCACCAUCUUCGUUGCUGCCUUCCCACUGGCACCGCUCCUGGCAUUGCUUAAUAAUAUCAUAGAAAUAAGGUUAGAUGCGUACAAGUUUGUUACUCAGUGGCGAAGACCUAUGCCUGCGAGAGCAACAGAUAUAGGUAUCUGGUAUGGGAUUCUGGAAGGAAUUGGAGUUCUGGCUGUCAUCACCAACGCCUUUGUUAUUGCCAUUACUUCCGAUUACAUUCCACGUUUUGUCUAUGCAUACAAAUAUGGUCCCUGUACAGAUCAAGGGUACAGACAAGAAAAAUGCUUAAAAGGAUAUGUCAACAGCAGUUUGUCAGUAUUUGAUUUGAGUGAACUCGGGAUGGGAUACUCAGGAUACUGCCGGUACAGAGAUUACAGAGCCCCACCAUGGAGUUCAACUCCAUAUGAAUUCACGUUGCAGUUCUGGCACGUCCUGGCAGCACGGCUGGCCUUCAUCAUAGUAUUUGAGCACCUUGUUUUUGGAAUUAAGUCUUUCAUUGCCUACCUGAUUCCAGACAUGCCCAAAGACUUGUGCGACAGAAUGAGGAGAGAGAAGUACUUAGUCCAGGAAAUGAUGUAUGAGGCUGAACUGGAGCAUUUGCAGAGAGAAAGGAAAAAGAAUGGCAAACAGUAUCACCAUGAAUGGCCUUAGUCACUACUAUGCUGCAACAAAAACACUGUUUGGAAAUUGAAGAGUGCAGUUUACAAAAUGAAGUCAGAGUGGCAUCAGCGUGUGAGAAUCACGGUGUAUAUAUGUUCUUGCUGGGCGGUACAGUUGCAGGCUUUGGAGGGAAUAGGAAAACAGAUGCUUUGACGAAGAAAAUGAAAAGCCCUACCUGUAACGCGUCUGCGGUGAGCACCAAGGAGAGUUGGCACUCGGGAAUGUGCAGACAAAUUAAAAAUUUGGAUACUUUGGUUUUCAAAAAGGCAAUGAGUUUUCAUGCUGUUCGUGAAGAUACUAACAGCCUAAUGAAAUUUAAAAAUUGCCUGUGAGUUUAUACAGUAAGGGCAUGACUAAAACCAACUUACAUGAUAUCCACUACUUCUACAGCUUCUGAUUGCUCAGCUCCAUCUGUAAUGCCUCUGAAGAAAAGAGCAAUUGUUGCCUUUGUGGCCAUAACUUGGUAUAAAUGAUCUUUCAGGCUUACUGUUUUGUCAGGUUUGUCCUAGUCUCUUGUUGAGAUUGCGGAUGUGGUCCUACCCUAAGAAAGGGGUCUAUGGCUGCUUAAUAUAUACUAUGCAGUUCAAGAUUUGCACAUCAGUGUCAUUAAUUUAUCCUUCUAGUUGAAAACCAAAAAUUCUAAAUUCAAAGAGAAAACAGCAGCUCUAAAAGAAUGCAUUGCAUUGCCCACAUUGCAGCUAUAUUUGAAAAUGAUGUGGCUGUUGAGUUGUCUUUCCACUUUUCUGUGCAGAAAGGCCACCUCCACACACUUCCAGGGUGAAAGAACUGUCAUUUCCAUGCUCUGAUGCAGCAUGCAGAUGUCUAACUGUGUUACUGUUCCUUUUGACCUGUCUGGGCAAUGAUUUCAUGACUUCACAGAAUGCUACUUUGAAAUAUUCUCAUACAGUGCAGAUGACUUCGUCCUCAAUAUACAAUUAACUCUUUAUAGUAUGCAAGCUUAUGCAGAUAUAUAUCAGACAUACAGUAUAACGUUGUGACUUGCUUGUUCAAGGGAAGGAGAAGCAGAGCACUUUAUAACAAUGCUCUUGUUGUAAUAGUAAAUGUUCCAGUAACAUGCACUUAUUUUAUUGGCCUAAAUAAGUCAAAGCAUGGGAGUUAGAUACAGACAGAUAUGUAUACAGAUUGUAUAUAAAUGCACACACACACAUACAGGUUACUUUUAGAUUUUUUAUUAUUAUUAUUAUUUGUACACCUUCUUACAGUUUUGGGGGGCUUUUUGGAUGAAAUCACUAUAAAAGGUAGUGUUCAUGUAAAGAAUCAAAUUUCAGUUUUUAUGUGCAUACAGUAUACAGCAGUGUUGGUAUGGUUAUAGUCACAUUUUGGUGAUGAAAUUGUCUAUUACUAACAUUUCAUAAUAUGGGAAAAGAUAAGCCCUCAAUUUCAACAAGGGUGCGAGGUUACCUUGCAGAGAAGGGAGCGAAGGAACAGAAUGAUUCUAAUUCUGUUUCUCUUGCACAAUUUUAAAUAAUGCUUCUCUAUAUUGGAUGAGAAAAAAUUAAGAAAUGAAGAGUCACAAAGUACAGUAACUCUAAAGGCUGCAAAUUUUAGCAUAUUUUUAGGGAUAAAGCUGCAGCAAAAUCACUGCUGACAGAAAUGAAGAGAUGUGUAUUUUAAGUACUUACAAUACCCUAUUGAACCAAAUAAUGUGAUUCCAGAAUUCAUUUGCAUGUAUUAGCACAAUCAUUUUAUUUUAUUAUGCCAUAUAAAAUUAAUUUUAAGAGUCAAGAGCCCAUCACAGUGGUUGAGAACAUUCUAUUUUGUCCAGAGGGCCUAGCAUCAGACCUUAAGUUCUUUAGUCAUUUGGUCAUAUUAAUGAGAUUUCUUGGUUAAUUCCAGCUCUCUGUGACCAGACAAGGCAACUGUAGGAGAACCUACAGUAUUGCACAAAGGAGGAAAGGAAUUGGAAGGUAUGAUCUAAUCAGAUAUAUUACCCAUUAGUUCUGUGGUAAAGGGCUGGUGGAACUCAGCUUCCCGUAUUUUGGAAAGGCUGUUUUGUUCCUCUAUAUUCUGGGUUGUGUGUUGAGUUCCUCAGGAGUCCUCAUCAGAAGUAAUUAAUGCACUCUCCUCAGUGCUUUUAUAAUCACACAGUUUGAUUUGAUUUAUUGUGUCUCUCUUUCAUUCUGUGGAUUUUCAAGCGUCGUUUGACAGCAUUAACCGUCUGUCACAGCUUCUGUUUCUGUGCCACAUAGUGAUAGUACUGAAGUUCUUCAGAAGGUCACAGAUGAGCUUCCUUUUUAAUGUUUUCUGUAAAAAACAAAACACUUUGGCUGGCCCAAGGUAUAAAGAUACAUGAUAAAAUUAGGCAAGAAUCAGAAAUAUUGAUUAUUUUAUACUUUCCUGUUUCUGCUGCAGAUAUUGGCACAUGUCAGCGCAUACUUAAGCAAAUUCCAAUUGGACUUAAAAAUCACAUAGGAAAGGAAACCUUUCUGUAUUUGACAUCUAAAUAUAUAUAUAUAUAUAUAAAAAAAUGAUUUUCAACACUGGUGAAUAGGAGUUUAUCAAAGGCUAGUAUGUUGAUCUGACAUUGUGCAUUUUAUGCACUGGGAAAGCACAAGAAGUGUUGGAGAAACACUGUGUGUGUUGCGUAUUUUUGGAGGAAAUCAGCAAUGUCUAAUGGUUUUGCCACUAUCUAACCAUUUGCUUAAGCUGAGGAAACUUUUUGCUAGACUUUGUUUAGUAUGCUCUUUGCAUUGACUGCACGUUAUUUUACUAAAGUAUAAGGCACACACUGUCCUCAGGAAUAAUGUAUUUUAUGAAUGGUGAAUGGUCUUUUCAUAUUCUAAAUAUUGUCUUUCCAAACAAAUGACCAGUAUGAAUAGACUGUGCAUGCAAGCUGCGUUUGUGAAAUCUGACAAAGCUUUAGAACUUCAAUUUGUGCAAAAAUGCUUUAGAUCAUUGCAGAUCUAAUCUAUGACAACUUUGCUCUAUGCAUGCGCCCUUAGAGAGACUGCAUGAGCAACUAGGUAUUUUUAAAUACAAGGAUUAGUUCACAAUGUCUUAAUUAUUCCUAACCGAAUCCCAUGUCUUGAUUCAGACAAAAGAAAUUUCCAUUUCAGAAAUAGCAAAAAGUCCGCAUACAUUAUACACAUCUCAUUUCUUAUGACUUUGUAUUCUAAAUUUGUGCCUAAUGUGUGAGAUCUGAAUUCUGGUGACUAAAAAAACGGAAAAAAAUAAUCCUGCUUCAUUAGCCAUCCUAAUGAGAGUUUUCUUCUUAGAGCUCAAAGUCUGUCUCCACACACAUUAAGAGCUCAGUAUUCACAACGGAGCUCUAACAGGGUUGCCUGAAGACUGAGCACAGGUUCUCCGUGGGUUCUGCUGUAAUUCAGUUUCCUUACCAGAAACACAGCACAGUAAUCGAGCAUCCUGGUAGAGCACUAAUAUUUGGAAACAAGGCAAACCACAUGAUGGCUAUUUUAAAAUUUUUCUUUCCUACCCCUUUUUGUUAAAGGAUUUCUAGAGAAAAUUUAGAUGAACUUUGAAGUUAAUAUAGAUGAUGACAAGGCUAAAAUUUCCAUAGUUAUGAUGGACCAUAAGUGGGUUUUUUGUUAGAUGUUUCUUUGGAAGUAUAUCUUCAUUACUACAAAACACACAUUAGCUGUUGCUGUGCCCUUUUCCGACAGCAGCGUGUCUUAAAUUGUGUUCUGAGGAUCAGUUAGGCUUGAUUGUGUCCUUCAGAAAGCUUAAAAAAAAGUUAAUAAUCAAAACCAGUGAAAAUAGGUUAAUAAGUAUAUCUCUUAAGGCAUAAAUUCAUAAAUCUCCUGAAGUUGCCUAAAAAGUUCUGCAGAAUGAAAAGUAUCUUGGGAAACACAACUUUGAGUGUUAAUAUGGGGAAAUUUGGUGACAUUUUAUUCUUAAUAUGCUAUUAAGAUGGUCACUUUAAUGUAAGUAGUGCACACCUGCUGUUUCCUCGCUGUGGCUUCUUCCACUGCAGAUUUCAAAUGGCAGUGCAGCCAGAGAGAAUUUCUGGAGCCGUGAGGUCCAGUGGCAUUACCUGCAAAGUCCUACAUGAAUCAUGGGACUUACUAAUCUUUUGCAUUAUGUCACAGUUUGUUCAGGGACAAAUGACUACACACAUAUUUAGCAACAUCAUAUAAUUUUGAUUAACUGAAAAUCACCCACGUCCAUAAAUUGAAAAGAAAUGUUUGAUACAUAAUUAACUUGCAAGUGUCACAAAUUUUCAUUAAAACGAUUAUAAGCUAGAUUUUUUUAUAUACACUGGGCAAUGGCCUUAUCAAUAAAACUCAUUUUAUAUGAACAGCUAAAUAUGAAGGCAAUAAAGUUAAUGGAAAAUCAAACAAUCAUCUUUUCUAUUAAGCGUUACAUAGGAGAAAAGGGACAGAGAUAAAAAUAGUCGUAUCAACAAUCUCUUACAGUGCAGUGGUACUUCCAGAGGCAUUUUAGGUUCUGUAAUCCUCAUAAACUACUUUAUGUUUACUAAGCAACUCAUGUUGCUUAUUUGGGGGUAAACGCUGAAACAAAUACACAGCCAGCCUUUCAUAAUAAUGUUUAUUUGGUGUUAAGGCUGACACUAGAAUUCCAACAAAUUUCCACAUUUAGACAGAGUAGUUAUUUUGUUAGUUCCAAUGCAUACUUUGUCUGAUGAAAAUGCAUGCAGUGACACUUUUUGAAAGCGUUUAAGUGAGCUGCAAGCCUAAAUUCCUGUGGUGGAAAAUUUAGCAGCUUGAAAAGAUCCCCAAGUCUGUUCAUAGUUGACCUCAGGCUUGUAAAGCCCGUGUUCUGCUGGGGUAAGGUGCACCAGGCCCACGUGUGGAGCGGGGAGUGAGCAGGGGAAGCAAAGCUCUCCUCUUCGCUGACUUUUUCUCCAGAACUCCGACAGGUUCUGCAGAACAAGGGUUUGGAGAUGGAGGAUGGUGACGGCUCUCUUGAUCCUUUUCUUUUUCUCGUCUGGCUCAGUUUUUGACUUAGCCUCAGUGUUUUAUUAAACGAUGCCUUCUUGCUGACAGUCUGAUUUGCAGAGUGAUUCUGUAGCUGCAGAAUUAUUUACAGGAUCGUUUGGGAUGUCCUUAAUGAGAAGCCAGAGCAGAAAGCGCACAAAUCCUAGUGUGUCUGGUGCUUUUUACAAGUUGGUAUGCAUUGGACAGAGCGAUGCGGGGAAGCAGGGGGUGCAUCUGUGGGUGCCGUUAGGCCACUCCAUUACAGGAUCUGUCCUUUCUGACCACCACACUUUGCACUCCUUGUGUCCCUCCCUACACGCACACAUACAGCUCAAAUACCCUACACAACUCUAGCAUUUUAAAAUUUAUAUAAUAGACUCAUGCUGACAAUUUUUCUCUCAUAUUGACAUUUCAACCACAUUGACCAGUAAUUUGCAUCGGCAUGAUUUUGGCAUAAUCAUGAUAGCACAAUGUUACCACAGCAGCACAAAGUUAUAAUGGCACAACUGGGAACUGUAGAGAAAUCACUUCGCUAUUCCAUGUUAUACAGGAACUUUUUAAAUCCAGGACUGGGAUUUAGUCUUGAAAUGUUAAUGUUAAUUUAGUCAUGAAUUCCCUCCUCACUACACUGGAAAUUACCUUGUUUUAGUUCUGUUGGCUUGUUCUACCUUUUUGCCAUAACCCUUAGAAUGUUACGUGUUCUCUGUAGUUUGCUUUCUUAUUGCCGUGAGCUAGUUGUUAGGAUGCUACUGGCUGGGAAAUUAGGAUUAAACCCAAUGCAGUCUCAAGUUGAUGAGAUUCUAACCACUGAGAACACACUGAAUUUUCUGUUAAUAAUGAAAAAUAACUUCAGAUCACCUUUUUAUUUUGAGUUCUAUUUAGAUGACUCGGAGUUUUGUAUUGAAAAAACUUCCAAACUGUUAGCUCUGAUUUUUACCUAGAGUAGUAUCACUGAAAUUUCAGUUCUUUGAAAUAAUCUCAUGUAAAAUCUAACUGAAUGACAUAGUUCAGUCAUUUUUUACUCUGAUAGUCCUGGCUAACUCGCAGUGUCAUGAUCGUAACAGAUUUCUUAAAAUGUGUAUAUAUUUGAAAUUUAUGUAAUAUUUAAAUACAACUUGGUUUCUAAGUAAGGAAUAAGAAUAAAAUUUCAACUAUUUUUUCUAUUCAUAAGUCCACACUUUGUAAUUAAUAUUUAAAAUAAAAUUACAGUACCACAGAGCGUUUUAGAGAAGUUGACUUUUAUUCACUACAAGCUAGAAGUUCCUCUGGCGUGUCAGCUUUCGGUUUCUUUUGUGUUUUAAGAUUACUUUUACAAGCUGAGAUGUACCCCAGAACUAAAAGAAUUCACUGAGGAAAAAGUUGUUGGUCUGAUUAACUAUUGUAAGACACUUUUGGCAUAAAUUUGUCUUUGAGAUGCUGUUUACGUUAUCAAGGUUUACAUGUACAAAUGCAACUACUUACUGUAUCAUACACAUUUGAAUAUUGCAUUUUUUCAGUAAUAAACUUGGAUAUCU